AUGAUUUGGAUUUGGGGCCUCUUCGCGUCGGUCGCGGCCGCCAGUGUGGAUGAUUUGGUUGGGACUUGGACUACCAAGUCCCGCGAGGUGUUGACGGGUCCAGGAUUUUACGACCCGCUGAACGACAAAUUCCUCGAACCGAAUCUCACCGGCAUCUCCUACUCAUUCGACGCGGAUGGACACUAUGAAGAGGCUUUUUAUCGCGCGAUAGCCAAUCCGACCGACCCAUCCUGCCCUGCCGGAAUCAUGCAAUGGCAACACGGAUCCUAUGUCGUACACGUUGAUGGAAGUUUGACUUUGACACCCAUUGCGAUUGAUGGUCGUCAAUUACUCUCCGAACCAUGCAAACAGGAUACCGGGCAGUAUACCCGCUACAACAACAGCGAACACUUCAAGGGAUUUGCGACUUCAAUCGAUCGAUACCAUGGUGUCGGGCGACUUGAUCUGACACAGGCCGAUGGGAAAAUCAUGCACCCCAUGUACCUCGUCUAUCGACCCCCAAAAAUGCUUCCUACCAACACCUUGAAUCCAAGUCCCAACUCUCACAAAAAGCGGGACUUCUCCGGAUCUGGGCUACACAAUGGGUUCAACAUGAUCAUCAAGGAAGAGCUCUUGAGUCCGGACCGAUGGUGGUGGUUGGGGGUAUUAAUGACCUCGCUCGGCGGCAUGGCCUUUUUUCUUUCGUAA